AUGAUUACAUCGAUAGAAGAACUAUUAUCUAAAGCAAGUGAAAAAAGAAAUUCAAAAAGAGUUGAAGAAGGCAAGAUGACUGACUAUGAUGAGGACGAUAGUGAUCAGUCAGAUGAUGAAGAACCGAUUCUCGAUAUUGUUAAACAAGAUACAAUGAAAGAAUUAGAAUUACAAAAAAAUGAAUUUCGUUUGGCCAUUGUCUCCUUAACCAACAAAUUUUACUCGAUAAAUACAUCAGAAGAAAAUGAUAACUAUAACGAACUUCGGCAUACGCAUCAGCAAUUGCAACGUGAAUUAAAACGGUGGGAAAUACAUUUACCGAUUUAUUCAAAACGGACAGAAAUUAUUGAACUCAUUCGAAAGAAUCAAAUUUUAAUUUUGAAAGCCGAUACAGGUUCAGGGAAAAGUACACAAAUGGUGCAGUACUUAUGUGAUGAAGGCUUUGCUGACGAAAAACAAAUUCUCUGUACGCAACCACGAAAACUGGCAGCAUGUUCAUUAGCUGCUCGUGUAGCAGAAGAAUAUGGUUGUAGGGUCGGAGAAGAAGUAGGAACGAAGCUUGAAAGUGAAUCAGACUAG